AAAGGAGGCGGUGGGAGGAGGUGAAGAGGUUGAGUGAGAGAUGUCGAUCCUGUGGGAGAAGAGCGCGAGUUGGAGAUGGCUUGUGCGGAGGACCAGAGAUUCCAAGCCCUUCUUCCUUGCUUUCGCCACCGUAUGCGGCGUCGUUCCGGGAGUCAUUGGCUAUGGCGUCAUGCAGCUCACCAACACCCGCAACGAACAGCUUGAGGCCCAUCUUCGCAAAAAUGCUCGCCCCGAAACCACGAUGAUGGGACAAGUAAAUAAAGAAAGGCUGGCUGAAUUCCUUGGAGAGCUACAGCGGAAGGAGGAUACAAAUGACCGGUAUGUUGCUGCUCUGAAAGGUGAGACUUUAACCAGAAACCCGUAUCAGAGAAUUCAACCUAUUCCUAAGCAAAAUGACAGUGGCGUUGACAAGGAGCAGAAGAAAUAAAGUCUGAUAGUCAUUUGGUGUGAAUACGUAUGAGCUUAUUAACAUACAUGGUCUCCGUGUUCUGAAAAAGAGGUGUGGGAUGAGACCAUGGGAUUGUCAAAUGGAGCAGAAGAGCUAAAGGAGCAAUGCGGCAGUUCAUUUCCGUGCUUCCCAAAUUCUAUACCCUUAAAAUGUUAAUUUGUCAGUAAAAUCCACGCAUCAGGGAGACGUGUUUCUGGUAUUUAUUUUCACGGUAAAAAAGAUAUAAUGAAAAGACCAUACGGCUGUUUGUGCCCCCCCCCCUCUUUUGACCUGAAAUAAGGUCGUUUGUGUUAGAGAUGCAAAUACUAAUAAUUUCCCAAACUCUUUUUAUCCUUGUAAUAGUCUGAGGUAUCCAAAUUAACUGAUUUUUGCAGUUGAGAUGCUAGUACAAUGUUGUGAGACACUCAAAUGAAACGAUCAAAGCAACCAUCAUAACCAGACUUGUUACCCUACCCGUCCCCGGUUUGACAUGUAUGAACACUCACAACAUCCAUUACAAUACAUACAUUUUCCUUUGGGAUCAUCCAAAGUCUUCAAGACGCUAU